GACAGCUUGCCUCUCACCUGUCUGGAGGUCAGCACAAGUUGGCGGCUCAGUGGUUGUCGUGCGUGAGUUUUUCAGUCGAAACUGAGCCCAGAAUCCUUUAUUCUGCUUUUAUCUUUCGUUUUAGACGUUUACGGUUCCCCGCGGAAGGUUCGUGUUUGUCGUAGCCGAGAUAUUUCCGGGUUUGGACGGGUUUUUAUUUGUUUAUUAUUGUAUUUAUUCACCACCGACGCCUCCUUUCCUAUUUGGGCAACAUGCACAUCGUGGACGUUGAGUUGCAAGAAUUAAAAACGAAUGGGAGCGACGCUCUGGAAAGUUUGGUGACCACAGGUAACGGUGACAAUCACCCCAAAGGAUGCGAGGAAACGUCGGGGCUCCUGAGUGCUCAGAGGAACGGUUGCAACGGCGAGACGAUGCCUUCAGCAACCGAGGCGAUCUCGAGCUCUAAGGAGAGCGCGGUGCACAGGGUGAAGCGGGAGCUGGGCAAGGUCGUGUGCGGCGGCAAAGUGCGUCUGUGGAUGGUCCUUCUCUUGCUCCCCGUCGUCCUCGUGGCCGUCAUUCUCAUCUCUCUGUCCCUGUGCUCAGUCGUGUACCGGGACCCCGACGACAAGUUCAACCGCUCAACGUUCCGAGUUCCUCGCCUCUUCAACGGCAGCUUCGUUCUGCCGGGCCUCAACUUCACCGAGGACCUUCUCAGCCUUUCGUCCAAUCGGAGGCGAGACCUCACCGGCGACCUGCAAGGCAAGCUGUCAAACGUGUACACAUCCUCUCCGGCGCUCGGACGCUACUUCUCCAAAGCGGAAAUUCACACUCUCCGGAACGGCUCGGUGAUCGCCGAGUACCAGCUGACGUUCUUCAUGCCCGAGGAGCACCAGGAGCAGCUGAAGAACUUCACGCUGAGCCGGAAGAUGGUUUACAACGUGCUCCGGCAGUUCCUCUACGCGCAGGACCGCGCCGCUUCCUCGGCUUUGUACAUCGACCCCGUUUCCCUCGAGUUGUCAUGAGGUGCGUUGACGCCGUGGUUUGUGCGUCGCAGAAGCACACGUAGUCACGCAAAAUCGUCUUCCGAGGCCAAAUUUUUGAGGGGGAUGUCAUAAUAUUAGGGACGCCUGCACAACGUCACAUGAUGAGGCGCUCCCCAGAGUGGUUGCCACAAUCACGGGACAAAUCCAAACCAACAAGUAUGACACUCACAUGGGCCUUUUCCAGUCUUCCAGUCACCUCACAUGUAAGUUUGUGGGAUUCAAACCUCGAUCUCCUGACUGCGAGGCUGGCCCGCUCACCACUUUAUGUCGUGCUGCUAAUUCGAAUUACAAAAUAUGCUGAACAGAUUAUUGAAUGUGAAUUAAUAGAUGGAUUGAGGCUUGUACAUACUAGACACUUAAUUAUUUAAUCAGAAAAUGCAAAAAGAUACACGUGCAAAAAUUGUGUGCAAAUCUGAGACCGGGGGUCACAAAUGUAAGAUCAUUGUCAAACAAAAGAGUAUUAUUCUUUGCAAUGGCAAGUUGUGUGUAUGUUUUACAUAUUUUUAUGAUAUUCAGUGUUGAAUAUUUGCAAGAUGACGGCAUUGAGGAAACUGAUUAUGAUCCCUCUUUUUGUUGUAAAAUGGAGGAUUGUUGUUUACAUUGU